AUGUCGUUGUUCAGGCAGUGUGCUUUUUAUGCGGCAAUACUUGCAAAUGCUGUUCUCUACGGCAUAGAGCUCAUCCUGUACUGCUGGAUCACCCACUCUCUCCUUUCCCGCCGCGACAAGUGGAGACGGGCGGGGACGUUCUACGUCGUGUUCAACACCGCGCUGCUCUGCUUCAGCACCAUCUUCGUCGUCACCGAAGCCGUCUUCGGGCUCGAGACCUGGGUUCUGCACCGGGACUUUCCUGGCGGACCGGAGGAGUACUCGGAGGCGUUCGUGUCGGUGUGGUACACGACGUUCAGCACCGCGUCGUGCGCUGCGGUCAACCUGCUCAACGAGGGCCUGAUGAUCUAUCGCUGCCACUGCCUGUGGCAAGACGCGCGCGUCAUCGUCGUCCCGCUGCUCCUCUACGCCGCCUCCUUCGGCCUUUCCAUCGCGCAGCUCGUCGCCUCCGGCGGGCCGCACGAGAACUUCUUCGCCGGCCUCGCCAAGUCGAUCGGCACCGCGUACCUCGCGUCCGUCAUCGUCCUCGGCGUGCUCGUCACCGCGCUCAUCGUCGCGCGGCUCACGCACACGAUGCGGCUGUCGCGGCCCGGCGCGCGGCGCGCCGGCCUCGCCCUCGACGCGUCGUCGCGCAUCGUCGUCGAGUCGGAGCUGCCGUGCGCGGCGCUCGGGGUCGCGUACCUCGCGACGUUCGCCGCGCGGAGCGACCUCUGCGUGUUCUUUGGCGCGGUGUACGCGAUAUCGAAGGUCAUCGCGCCGCAGGUGAUCCUGCUCCGGAUAGUGAGCGGGGCGACGUUCGCGUCCGCGGCGGACACGGCGAUUUUGACGACCGUGCCGGUGCUCACGAUGCCCUCGAUAUCGGACGAGGUCCACUCCUACGGGGGCGGCGCGUGUGUGAGAGACGCUGAUGCCGCCGAAGAUGCGUCGGACAAGGUUUGA